AUGUCUAGCAAAGUUACAUCAUUGGUGUUCACGUUCCCUUUAUUUACGUACGCUAUAGAAUUAGUGAAGGAUUUUAUCGUUUCCAUGAUGAGAACUUCACCAAUCCCUAAGCAUAUUGGCCUAAUUAUGGAUGGGAAUAGACGAUAUGCAAAAUCUAAAGAUAUGGAGCUAAAAGACGGCCAUAACGCUGGGGCCGAUUCUUUAAUUCAGGUAUUGAAUACUUGCUAUAAGCUUGGAAUUCUUCAUGUUACGGUUUAUGCUUUUUCUAUUGAGAAUUUCAAUCGAUCUAAAGAAGAGGUCGAUACAUUGUUUGCUUUAUUAAGAGAUAGAUUAAAAUUUAUAUCUGAAAAAGAAGAAUCAUAUGCUAGGUUUAACAAUAUUAGAAUUAAAAUAAUCGGAAAUAGGACAAUGAUACCAAGCGACAUAUUAAAAGACUUAGAAGAUAUAGAAGAACGAACUAAGCACGUAUCCUCCGCUAAAGUAUUGAAUGUUUGUUUUCCAUACACCUCGCGUGAUGAUAUAGUUCACUCAAUUCAAAGCAUUGCUGAGAAGGUUGAAUCAAAGGAAAUAGAAUCAAACCAACAUAUCACCUUGGAAACGUUAACUAAUAACAUGUACAUGGGACCAAACACUCCACCGUUAGACAUCUUAAUAAGAACGAGUGGUCAUACCAGACUUAGUGAUUUUAUGUUAUGGCAAUGUAAUUAUAACUGUAUGAUCGAAUUUGUUGAUACUUUGUGGCCCGAAUUUAGAUCUUGGGAUAUAAUGUCAAUUAUAAUUAAGUGGAGUUAUUACAGAACUUUGCAACUCGAACAGCAGAGAAUUAUGAGCAAUAAGAAACGUGAAGACCAAAAAGCAAUGACUGAUAUACUAAAAGAAUUGCCGCCUCAUCCACCAUUUGCUUCGAUAACUCAGCAUUAA